AUGGCUAUCGCCCUAAAAAAUUUACUUGCAUUUGUUUUUACUGCUCUCUUCAUCGUAUCUUCUAUCCAUUGUCGACCGACUACUGCAAAUAUUCCAGGUUAUGGAGUGAAGCAGAUGGAUCGUCAAUGUUUCAAUGGAGCUAUAUGUCGCGGUGCAGUAGGCAACUGCAUUUUUUGGUGUAGAGAUCAUGGGUACUACUAUGGCAUCUGUCUUACUGAUGCAUGUUGUUGUAUGACUUAA